GUUUGAUAAGCUACACCAGCGUUCAUUGUGAUGUAACUGGACUGCUGUACUAGUACUGAGCUCUUGCAACAAGCGAUAUCAGUUACAUGUAUUCAGUGAUACUAGAAGUAGUUGGGAUUUACUAGCCUCUUUAUCAUUAACUUAGUCAUGGCGGAUUUUGCAGCUGGGACUUGGACGCUCGUGGAUACGAAAAACUUCGAAGAGUACUUGAAAGCUGUCGGUGUCGGCAUGGUGAUGCGCAAAAUGGCGGCCGCUAUCAAGCCGACACAGGUGAUCGAGGUGACCGGAAAUAGCUGGGUGAUCAAGACGCUGACCACCCUCAAGAACACGGUGCUGGAGUUCGUCCUAGGCCAGGAGUUCGACGAGGUCACAGGCGACGGCAGGAAAUGCAAGACAACAUUUACACUAGAGGGUAAAAAACUGACACAAGUUCAGAAAGGAACACCCGACUCAGUUAUAACGCGCGAGUGGGACGGCGACAGCAUGAUCAUGAUUUUGUCUACCGACGACGCCGUGUGCACGAGAACAUACAAGCGUGCGACGUAAUUCGUAAACGAACAAUAAUGUGUCCUUAUAUGCGAUCGGUAACUUGAGACUAUUAACGGAAACUUUUUUUAAAAGGCGUUGUUACUGGAGGACUUUAAACUCCCAGAUGACAAGUGACAAGUGUAUUUGCAAAAUAAUUAAACGGGCAUUUCUAUGUUUCAUGCAAACAACCCAAGUAAAUCAGUAAGGAUAAAGCCAGACUAAGCAGUGGUGCCUAAAAAGGGCAGGUGACUUGUGUCAUUCGAUAGACGGUAAACUUCUUAAAUUGUGCUUUAAUUGUGCUGUUUCCACUGACUUACUUAUUCAAGCAUUCAGUCAGAAUAUAUUUCAGCAGGCAGUUUCCUUAUUAAACGUGAUAAUAUGAUUUGAUUUUAAUAUCAAGCACUACGGUACGUAACUCUAUCAAAUAUUCAAUAGAAAAUAAAGACACGGUAGGUAUGCAUGUUUUUAUGAGAAUAUUGAUAAAAAACAUAAUAACAAACACGGAUGGGACAUAUUUUUAAAGGUUGGGCAAAUAAACAGGAGGGUGUGGCGGACACAUAUGUUAAAACUGUGGGAUGUAAAAAUUGGAAGCAGGUUCCCUGCUGUUCUGCUUUAGCCUAAUCCCCAAAAUCAGCGGACAUUGUAGCAAUCAUAACCUCAUUUGUCAUACUGUCGCUUACAGCAUUAUGCAAUCAGUAUUAUUGGAUGUUAUGUUUAUUAUUCCAAAAUACAUGUUAAACAAUC